AUGGGUUUCCCGCCCGAGUUCCCUCAGCCACGCUUGGUGUCUCCCGGACCCAGCUGCAUGCCGGUGGGGGUGGCGGGCCAGCCUGGCAGUCCCAGCGGCACCUCUGCUCCCAGGCCAGGCUGGCACCAGUCAGUCCUCAGAGGGACGCUCAGAGAGGGGCUGGCGGAGCGGGGCAUCAGCCUCCUCAUCCCCCCGGACGCCAUACCCCGAGGAAAGAUCUACGAGGUUUACCUCACGCUGCACAAGCCGGAGGAUGUGAGGUUGCCCCUAGCCGGCUGUCAGACCCUGCUGAGUCCUGUCGUUAGCUGCGGGCCCCCCGGGGUCCUGCUCACCCGGCCCGUCAUCCUCGCCAUGGACCACUGUGGGGAGCCCAGCCCCGACAGCUGGAGCCUGCGCCUCAAAAAGCAGUCCUGCGAAGGCAGCUGGGAGGACGUGCUGCACCUGGGCGAGGAGGCGCCCUCCCACCUCUACUACUGCCAGCUGGAGGCCGGCGCCUGCUUUGUGUUCACCGAGCAGUUGGGCCGAUUUGCCCUGGUGGGAGAGGCCCUCAGCGUGGCCGCGGCCAAGCGCCUCAAGCUGCUCCUCUUUGCCCCCGUGGCCUGCACCUCCCUCGAGUACAACAUCCGAGUCUACUGCCUGCAUGACACCCAGGACGCGCUCAAGGAGGUGGUGCAGCUGGAGAAGCAGCUGGGAGGACAGCUGAUCCAGGAGCCUCGCGUCCUGCACUUCAAGGACAGUUACCACAACUUGCGCCUGUCCAUCCACGACGUGCCCAGCUCCCUGUGGAAGAGCAAGCUCCUCGUCAGCUACCAGGAGAUCCCCUUCUAUCACAUCUGGAACGGCACACAGCAGUACCUGCGCUGCACCUUCACCUUGGAGCGCGUCAGCCCCAGCACCAGCGACCUGGCCUGCAAGGUGUGGGUGUGGCAGGUGGAGGGCGACGGGCAGAGCUUCCAAGUCAACUUCAACAUCACCAAGGACACCAGAUUCGCUGAGCUGCUGGCCUUGGAGAGUGAAGGGGGGCUUCCAGCCCUCGUGGGCCCCAGUGCCUUCAAGAUCCCCUUCCUCAUUCGCCAGAAGAUCAUUACCAGCCUGGACCCACCCUGUAGCCGGGGUGCCGACUGGCGGACUCUGGCCCAGAAACUCCACCUGGACAGCCAUCUCAGCUUCUUUGCCUCCAAGCCCAGCCCCACAGCCAUGAUCCUCAACCUGUGGGAGGCGCGGCACUUCCCCAACGGCAACCUCAGCCAGCUGGCUGCCGCAGUGGCCGGACUUGGCCAGCCAGAUGCUGGCCUCUUCACCGUGUCGGAGGCCGAGUGCUGAGGCCGGCCAGGCCCACCACGCCUACACUCU